CUAUUGCCAAACGUCAUCCCAUACACAUCAAAAUUUACAUCGUACACCAACGAAAAAUUUUACUUUACAUUCGAAAAAAGAACAGAAAUCACCCUUGAAUUCGGAGCCGAUUUUCUCUCGUUCCUCUCUUUCCUUGUUCGUUGAAAAUCUUUAUACUCCAUCGGAGUAAAGAUUAUAAGCAAUAAUAAUGAUAAAAUACCGUUCAUUCGACGUUUUAGCUCACGUAUGUAAAUCUAUAAUAUAUAAGUGGUGUGCGUGUUCAUAAAAUUAUCACCUCUGCAGUAAAUCGAAGAUGAUCUUCGCAGUUAAUUCUUUGCUGGAGUAAAAUUCUUUCGCCAGAUUCGCGCUGUGAACGUGCGAUUGUUGUUUUUAUCAAAUUUGAUAGAAAAAAAAAAAAUUAUUGAUCCACUUCAAGAUUUUCGCAUCAAUUUCCGAUCGUUGCGAGUCGUGCACGGUCGACGUGACAGUUAAAGUUUCGGACGAGGAUACGUGAAGAAGAAAAGGAGAAACUUCGAAUCAUCCGAAAUACGAGGAGAAAAAUUAAAAGAACAAAAUCGAGAAAUACGGCAACGAUCGCGACACACGUAGCGCUCUACCCCGUACGAUAUGAUUGUGUCAGCUGACGAAGAAAUAUCAGCUGAUUGCGAAUCGGUCCGCCGAUAUUGCGAAGAGUAUUCUGAAGUUGCAGCUAAUUAAAGUUGGAAUUAUAAUUGACAGUUCUAGGAGACGAGGUUCGUAAUUUUAUUUCCGGUAUCCGAAGGCUGAUGGAUAUGGGAGAUGGGAUGUUCACCAAGUUCGUUUUUACGGUGCAGCAGAAGGGGAAGGGAUAAAUUUGACAACGUUAUACGAUUAAAUGGUAACUCGCACAAUAACUCUGUCGCUGAGAGACCAACCGUCACUGCUGUCGCCGGAGUCCAGGAACGGACAAAGAGCAUCGUCAGGUCCGAACUUUCGGACCGGUUCAAAAACGCCGGUGAUUUCUGCCCUUCGAUAAGAGUCUCCCUCCAGGAUUCCGGAAAAACAUGGUCGUCCCAUUACCUUUCGAAGCAGACUCUCCCUAGCAUUGGAUCCGAAGAAGAGGAUUCGACGCUCCCAACUUUUGAUCAGGCUUUCGAGUCGAGCAGGAUUCGAAAUCUGCCGGAGUUCGAGGAAGGGGAUGUCUACGUGGUCAAGGGUCCACAGGACUUGAAAUCCAAUUUGCUUACGUCAUGGAGCCCCAGCUCGACGAAGAUCCUCCUGGUUUUUGGACGGGAUGACCAUCAGUCCGAAGUCCUUGGAUCGGCGGCCAAGAGAUUAGGGUGGUCGACAACUUACAUGAGAAAUGCAGACGCUGCUCUGGAGUCGUUUCACUCUCGAGGACACGACAUCGUCGUUAUAGAUCACAGAGGAUCCCGAGGGAUCGAUCCGGAUUCCGUAUGCAGGCGAAUAAGGGUGUCGGGCGUAAACCCGAACUGUGUAAUCGUGGCUCUAGUUCGAAAGUCAUUUCUGGCAAACUCAGAGCAGGACCAGAUUGCCACUUUGGGCCUUAUGGAGAUUGGAUUUAACCGGACACUUCUGGAGUGUUCGCAGGAAAAUCUCCUGGUCAAUGAACUAGCUAAUAUUCAUGCUAGCGAACUCCAACCACGUCUUCAUCUAGCCGCCUUUCAUUCACUUUAUAUCGCUAUUGACAGAUGCAGAGACAUGGUACACGUGACGAAUGACAAGCACAUUGUACAGUUUACUAACAAAGCCAGCGAACGUCUCCUUGGAUACAAACCAGAGGAGCUCCUGGGUAACAAAAUUAUGGAUAUAGUAUCCUCUGAUAAUUUUGUGCUGAUGGAUCAGCACCUUCAACGUGGUAGAGAGUGGGAAGGAAACAUGAACUGCAAGAGAAAAUCGUCAAAGACGAUAACAAUCAACUGUCGUAUAGUCCCAUUCUCCGCAUCCGGAAGGAAACCGACGCACUAUAUUUACGUACACGACACAACGUAUCUACUGGAGAACAUGGGAGUCGGACCUGGAAACACUGGAAUUCCACAUCAGAUGCCAAGAGGGAGUCUCCACUCGCUCAGAAGGGGGUCUUUAGACCUAAAAUCUAUCAGCAGUGAAACACACAGGCGAUCUAGCUUCAGUAGACUUCAUACCCUACCCCUCGAAUCGCCGAUUACUAGGGUCAUCGGUAUGCUGUCCAAUGCCGUUAAUGAUAUUUCGACGGGGAAUCCUGAGCUUGCUCUCCAGCUGGACAAGGCCAUCGAGUUGCUCAAAAGCACCGAAUUGUACGCACCUCAAUUAAGGGAGGACAGCAGAAGUUACGACCCUGUUAUGACGGACCUCGUUGGUGCUCUUCUCUCGGCUCCAGUUUAUUCGAGGGACUCGAGACGAUCGUCUAACGACUCUGCGAAUAGAUUACCGCUGAGCAAAACUUUGGGAGCUUCUUCGUCGCAUCGGAUUUCUCUUAAGGGAUAUAGACCACCGCAAGAGAUACACGACAUGAUGGAAAAAAGUCUGAACUGGGACUUCGACAUAUUUAAACUGGAAGUGUUGUCCAGCGGAAGACCUCUGGUUUACCUCGGCAUGAAUCUUAUUGGGCUUUACGAGGGUCUGGCGACCUUAGGGUGCGAUGAAAAGACCCUAUUUAACUGGCUGACAAUCGUCGAAAUGCAUUAUCACGCAGAAAACAGCUAUCACAAUUCAUCUCAUGCAGCUGACGUCCUUCAAGCGACUGCAAAGUUCAUGCGAUCCGAAAGACUAAAGAUGAUAUUCGACCCUCUUGAUGAGGUCACCGCGCUCAUUGCUGCUGCUGCACAUGACAUUGAUCACCCAGGGCGAUCUAGUCAAUUCCUUUGUAACGCGGAUAACAAACUGGCAAUCUUAUACAACGAUUUGGCAGUACUUGAGUCUCACCACGCAGCGCUUACCUUCAAGCUAACUUUGGCUGACGACAGAGCAAAUAUAUUCAAGAACUUGGACAGAGAAGCGUACAAGGUGGCACGUCAAAAUGUAAUUGACAUGAUCUUGGCCACAGAAAUGACGAAACACUUCGAACACCUUGCUAAAUUUGUGAACGUCUGUAGCAGUCGAAUGGCAGGUGACUCACAGUCUGAGAAUUUGGCUACCAAGUGCAUUUCAUUAUCUAAAUUUCAGCCUCUCUCGGAUAUCAUUGAUAUGACGGUGCUCCUCCAGCCAGAAAAUAUAACACUGGUUAAAAGGAUGAUGAUUAAAUGCGCCGACGUUUCAAAUCCAACACGACCAUUGAAAGCAUGUAUAGAAUGGGCAAGGCGGAUAGCUGAAGAGUAUUUUCGGCAAACAGAUGAGGAGAAACAAAACGAGAUGCCAGUUGUCAUGCCUAUGUUUGACCGGUUGACCUGCUCGAUACCAAAAUCGCAGAUCGGUUUUGUCGACUAUAUCAUUAACGACAUGGUUGAAGCCUGGGAUGCAUUCAUCGAUAUGCCAGAAUUGAUAAAUCACAUGAGAUUGAAUUAUGACAAAUGGAAAGAGUAUCAAGAGCAAGGGGUAACAACUCUGCAGGAUAUUGAAAAAUUGCAGACUGCACCAGAACUACAGAUACCAAGACUAAAACCAUAAUUAAGGAUUUCAGACACUGGUAGAGAUGAUUGGAAGGACAUUAAUACUCUCGAGUCCGCACGAAGAGAUCAAAAUAUAUCGUUAUAUAUAAAAUGUACGCUUACUGUAAAUUAUUUUCAUUAUUCUAUAAAUACGUCAAAAACCCGUUUUCCGUUACCGUAACCGCAUCCUCAUCGAGCACUAAUAUAGUGGAAAUUUGAUAUUAA